AUGACGUGGGAGUUGACAAGGCGUCGUAUGAUGCGCAACAUCAACGAGCGCUUCAUCUUUGGUCGUAUUCCCCUCCUGCACGCCAUAGUACUAUUCAUCGAGAUGGCCCUCGCCGCCCGUUUGUCGACCAAGUUCAACGCCUACUACGACGAACGUCCCAUCAUGACCAUGAUGGUUACCAACGCUCUCCUGGGAGGCAUAGCCGACACGGUGGCCCAGACCAUCUCGGCCUUCCGCGUGCGCACCUCAUCCCUCAAGGACGGCAGCCUGGCCAAGCGCGGUGACGACAUCUCCAUCGAAAUCGCCGACCUCGAUCGCAAGACCGCCACGAGCGAAUACCUAAGCUCCUACCUCAACCGCCCGCCUCCCUUUGACUUUGAGCGCCUCACCCGCUUCAUGACCUACGGCUUCUGCAUGGCUCCUAUCCAGUUCAAGUGGUUCGGCUUCCUCGAGCGCAUCUUCCCCAUCACAAAGACGAGCGCCCUCGGUCCCGCCAUCAAGCGUGUCACCUUUGACCAGUUCAUCUUUGCCCCCUGCAGUCUCGCCUUCUUCUUCACUGUCAUGACCGUCGCCGAAGGCGGCGGCCGCAGGGCUGUGGCAAACAAGUUGCGCGACAUGUAUGUCCCGACUCUCAAGGCCAACUAUAUUGUCUGGCCCGCCGUGCAGAUUGUCAACUUUCGUCUCAUCCCUAUUCCUCUGCAGCUGCCCUUCGUCUCCACCAUCGGUAUCGCAUGGACCGCCUACCUGUCCCUAGCCACUUCGUCCGAUUAA